AUGAUACGUUUCACGAGCGUUGCAUUGGUGUCUGAUCGCUGCACCGCACGCGAAUUAGCAAGUAGACGAACCGAGAUACUAUUCGUGGAUUCCAAUCCACAUGCUGAUUUCCCAUAUAUUUCCUGGAAGUACAGUCUUGAAUAUUUGAUCUUCGCUUCGGCUUUGUGCCUUACCAUGGCUUCACCAAUCGGCCACUACUAUGAGGAACAGCAUGCUGGCUAUGAGGAAGUAGGUGGGCAUGAUCUGGAAGGCCUUCAUCAAAUCGAUCGCGUCUCUUUGGGCGAAGAGCACCAUGGAUAUGAACAUGAAGAAGAGCAUGUUGACUAUUACGCUCCACCGAAAUACGCUUUUAAAUAUGGCGUAAAUGACUUCCAUACUGGAGAUGUAAAAUCACAGCAUGAAUCGCGCGAUGGGGACUCCGUCAAAGGACAAUACUCGUUGGUUGAACCCGAUGGCUCUAUUCGUACUGUGGACUAUUCAGCGGAUAAACAUAACGGCUUCAAUGCCGUUGUGCACAAAACUUCUCCUGUACACCACGAAGAACACCACGAAGGACACUACUAAAGGAACUGACAAAACCGAAUAAUUGUAAUUGAGGCCAAUCAAAACAUUAACAGCAGAAAUGUAGUAGUUAGUUGUAACUUCAAACUGAAUUAGCUAAAUUAUAAAAUAAGAACAGUAAAUACAUAGAAACACGGAAAACACAAUGGGAUUACUUUACAGACGCAGUUAGAUUUUCAUUACUCAAAUAUGCAUACUUCAUCCGCCAUCUUGGGAGGGAAAUAACAUGACUUUAUACUAUUUUAAAUACCUUCGAUUUAAUAUUAAUUUUUCUUGUAUGAAUUGUGGUGAGAGUUUUUUACUUAUAGAGUUUCCUUUGUUUUUUACUAUUUUAAUUGAGUUUGAUGCACUGUGAUAACGUUAAUAUUCUCAUAACUCGUUCGAGUGUUCAUUACUAUAACUAUUGCCAUUAGCACCACUGCCAGUAACAACAACACCACUUUAACUCAUAUGUAUGUAAUAUUAAUUUACUGAAAUAUUAAAAUGUCAUUAGUCACUACUUCUAACUACUUACUUUAAACUAUCUGCAAACUCAUGAAUUUACCCACUUUAACUCGAACCGGGCAUUGAGCCUUGUACGUACGCGCAUAAAGGACUUGAAAGACUUGUCGUAUGGAUUAUAAAUUUUAUUUGUAUUCUCAUAUCUCUUUAUAUUUUUAAUAAUAGCUGUGUUCAAACACUACAUCACUGAAGACUUAUUGCAUGUAAUUUUAUU